UAAAACAAUGAACAUUCAAGCACCCUAUUCAUUGUUAAAUCUCAUUGUUGUUGUUAACUUCUUGUUAGUUCUAAGGGCAGGCCAACUUCUGUCACUAAAUACCAAAAAUAAUGAUUCUGACUUUCUUGAUUGUUUAAUUCACAAUUCUGAUGAUCCUGGUUCGAUCUCGCGAGUCAUUUACAGCCCGAAUAACUCCUCAUACACAUCAGUCUUACAAUCCUCUAUAAACAACCUAAGAUUCACAUCACCCACAACGCCAAAGCCUCGGUUUAUACUCACACCGGUUCACGAAUCCCAAAUCCAAACACUCGUGUACUGCUCCAAGAAACACGGACUUGAGAUACGUACACGCAGUGGAGGCCAUGAUUUCGAGGGGUUGUCUUAUGUCUCACAACUCCCAUUUGUGAUUCUUGAUCUUAAAAAUCUUAAAUUUGUCACGGUUGACAUUCAAACCGCUACGGCAUGGGUUCAAGCCGGUGCAACUUUAGGUGAGCUUUACUAUGGAAUCGCGCAAAAAACCCAGAAUCUUGGAUUUCCGGGAGGUGUUUGGUAUGCUUUGGGGCUCGGCGGACAUGUUAGUGGCGGUGGGUAUGGUGCGAUGAUGAGGAAAUACGGUCUUGCAGCCGAUAAUGUCAUUGAUGCACAAUUCAUCAAUGUGCAUGGCAAGAUUCUUGAUAGAAGUUCAAUGGGUGAGGAUCUUUUUUGGGCUGUUAGAGGAGGUGGCGGUUCUAGUUUCGGAAUCAUUCUUUCGUGGAAGAUAAAGCUCGUUCCGGUUCCAGAAACAGUGACGGUUUUCGCAGUAGACCGAACGUUAGAACAAAACUUAACCAAAAUCAUCUACAAAUGGCAAUAUGUCGCACCGAAUAUUGAUAAAGAUCUUGACAUUAGAGUUUUAAUGUUUAGUGUAGUGAAUCCUAGCACCGGAAACCGCACGAUCAGAGCAACUUUCGAUACCCUUUUUCUCGGUGGAGUUGAUCGAUUACUUGCAUUAAUGCAAGAAGAAUUUCCGGAGCUGGGUUUGACUAGAGAAGACUGCACCGAAAUGAGUUGGAUCGAAGCGGUGGUAAUCGGUUCUAGUUUUACAAACGGAGAGCCUUUGGAGAUUCUGUUAAACAGAACCGCGAUGCCGAAGAAUUCUUUCAAAGGGAAAUCAGAUUUUGCAACGAAUCCUAUUUCAGAAGACGGGUUUGAAGGGAUAUGGCGGUUUUACAAUGAUCAAAUAGAAGCCGGAAUGGCGCUCUUGGUGUUUACCCCGUAUGGUGGUACGAUGGAUGAGAUUCCGGAAUCCGCAAUUCCAUUCCCGCAUAGACGUGGAUCGUUAUACAUGAUCGAAUAUUUGGUUGCGUGGGAUGGAAAUGAAACAUCACCGCAUAUAAGUUGGAUUAGACGCUUAUAUAACUACAUGAGUUCUUACGUUUCGACCUCUCCUAGAACCGCCUAUUUGAAUUACAAUGAUCUUGAUCUUGGAGUCGGUAAAACCUACGCCGAAGCAAACGAUACUUGGGGCUCAAGUUACUUCAAAAAUAAUUUCAACAGGUUGGUAAAGGUGAAAACAAUGGUAGACCCUGGCAACUUUUUCAAACAUGAACAAAGUAUUCCCCCAAGGUUCUAAUGUCAUAAGUUUCAUUAUAUAUAUAUCAAUAUAUUCAAAUAAAAUACAAGAGUAAACUUCCGUUUUGCUCC